AUGACGCUGGCUACUAAGGCUGCCUCUGUUCUCGGCUAUAGGGUGCUCCCAACAGUUAUUUUGACUGUUAUCACCUAUUUCGCGUUAUUUCUUGCGUUUUCAAUCACAGACAAACUUCCCAACGUUCCAAGUCCUGGUGCACAGGGUGGAUUAGACUUGAAGGAGGCGUACGAGGAUCUCCGGCAUAUUACUGCCCAUCCUCAUCCAUACAACUCUCAUGCGAACGACCAUGUGCGCGAGUACCUCCUCUCCCGACUGCACACCAUCACACAGGACUACCCUCACGUUCACAUCGCCGACGACCUCAGCAGCAAUGGCUCAUGGGCUGGCUCGCUUUACGGAGUCUACUUCGAAGGCACCAAUCUCCUCGUGAAGAUUGACGGCACCGACUCCUCCUCUUCCGGUGCUGCGACCGGUGGCAUUCUCUUUUCAGCACAUUACGACUCAGUUUCGACAGCACCAGGUGCUACAGACGACGGAAUGGGUGUAGCAACACUCCUUCAGCUUGUCAAGUACUUCAGCAAGAACCGAAUGCGAAGGACGGCCGUCUUCAACAUCAACAACGGCGAGGAAGACUGGCUGAACGGUGCCCAUGCCUUCCUCGAGCACCCUUGGUCGAACUUGACCGAGGUCUUCCUUAAUCUCGAAGGGGCUGCUGCAGGAGGUCGGCCAAUCCUCUUCCGCUCCACGUCAACGUCUGCAGUGCGCUCGUUCCGUAACACCAAGCUCGUCCUACACCCGCACGCGAACGUACUGUCUUCAGAUGCCUUCUCCAGGGGUCUCAUUCGUUCCGGAACAGAUUUUUCAGUCUACGUCGGCCCUGGCACCCGACCACCAAUGGACGGUCUCGACCUUGCGUUCUACAAAGGCAGAAGCAGGUACCACACGAAGUACGACGCGGUUCAGCAUACAGUGGGUGGUCAGAAGAGUCUAUGGAGUAUGAUGGAAGUCGCGAAGGGUGUUGGCAUCGGAUUGCUUGAUGCCCCGUUGCAAGAAAGUGAACCUGACACGAAGAAGAAAGAUCCAGCAGUAUACUUUGAUGUGUUUAAAUCCGUUUUAUUCGUCUUCCCGCUCACGAAGCUGCUGACGUUCAAUAUCGUGGCUCUCGUAAUUGGACCUCUCCUGUUGAUUGCUCUCGUCGUGUAUGAGCGUAUUGUCCUACGUCAAAUACUUCCCCCGGACGAAGAGGGCUCUCGGGCACCAGCUCGACGACCUCUCGCAAGCUUGAUUCAUAUCAUCUGGACGCAUGCAAAGUUCUGGGUAGCGUUUGCGGUGGCGUUUGGCAUGCUGGUCCUUGAAAUCUUGUUAUACGUGGUCAUCAACCCUUUCGUCAUCUACUCCUACCCAUACCUCAUCCUUGUUUCCUUCCUUGCCCUAGCCUACCUUGGUCUUGCCUUCACGCUGACCUUCCCUUCCUGCCUCCCUUUCUAUCACCCGAAGAUCAACAACCUAUUCAAACCCCACCUGGAACCUCCUGCUCAAGAUCAAAAACGCACCAUCUUCUUCCACCUAUACUUCUUCACCUGGAUGCUUCUCAUCCUUGCCACGAUCGGUAUCACGCACCUGGACCCUGGUCUCGGGAGUGGCUACCUCGUCAGCCCAUGGAAUGUGUGCGCGGGUGUUGGUUCUCUCCUUACAGUCGUCGAGGCUAUCGUCCUGUCUACAUUGGUCAAAUCACAGCCUUAUGCGGCUGGCCCAGCUGCAGGUCAUGAAGAGCUCGACGGCGAGCGCCCCUCAACUUCGAAUGGUUCAAGCCCGAGUGAUGAGCGGACUCCGCUCUUGCGCCGUGUGGAUGAUGAGGUUCCUGGAGAGAACUCCGAUGCACAGCUCGCUCGGAGAGAUCUCUCGGAAGAAGAGGAGGAAGGUGGCGGCGUCGGGACGUUGGCUACCUGGUGGUGGAUUCCUCAGUUCUUGGUGUCGGUCCCAAUCCCUGUUGCUUUACUCGGGCAUGUAACAGCGAUACUCCUCGACGCGAUGCCACAGACGCUGGCGGACGGUGCUUCGCCGUGGGGUGUAUACCUCAUGGCUGCUCUGUCGGCCCUUCUGCUUGUCCUCCCACUUUCGCCCUUCGCCUACAAACUAAGACCGUAUCGUCCGCUUACACUCCUGGUCUUCCUCACCUUCUUGCUAUCGACUCUAUAUGCAUGGCUCGCCUUCCCAUUCAGCUCCCAAGAUCCGCUCAAACUGUACUUCCAACAACGCGUAGAGCUCUACCCCACAGUCUCUGGAACCUCGUUGGGCACGCCUAUUGUUUCUCGACCAAAGAUCACCACAGUUCUUUCUGGCCCAAAGAAGUACUUGCGUAGCAGCAUCUUGCCGCACUUGCCCUCCGCUAAUGUAGUUAAGGAGAUCAAGUGCGAUGACGACCUAGCGAAACGUGGGCUGGUGAAGUGCGAAUGGGACAGCGGAGUCGAGAGGAUGCCCGUUCCUGGCAUGUUGAGCUACGCUAACCUCCCCGAAACUGGACUUGACCCACCAUGGGCUGAUGGCGAGUUCAUUCGGUUUGACGUGCAGCGAACAAACGAGACGACAGCAAGGAUUCACGUGCGAGGAAGGAAUACCCGUUCGUGCAGGGUAUAUUUCGAUAAUCGGCCGAUCCACAAGUACACUCUCUUGGACCUUCGUGACGAUGAAGGUGCUGCGAAGUACGCGUCAAGUGGGAAGGGUAUGCAGCCGGGAUAUGAGGUGCCCCCAACCGGCGUCACGGAGGUCAGGCUCUGGAGCAGGACAUGGGAGAAGGAGUUUGUGGUUGAGGUCGAUUGGCAAGGUCCGGCGUCGGAUGAGACGGUAGCGGAGAAGAGCGCCUGCAUGGAAGGGCGAGUGGCAUGCGAAUGGGUCGAGUAUGAAAGCGGUCUCGUUGAUAAUGGAUCUCUGGGCCUGGACAAUGCAGCUCGUGAUGGGCCCAAGAUACCUGCUCUGGAGGAGGUGCUGACGUUCCUCCCGGAAUGGGCGGUCAUCUCGAAAGCGACAGAUGGGCUUGUUGAAGCGUGGGCGCCUUUUGUGCUAUGA